UUUUGUUCAUCCCUCUAACUUCGAACUCUUCGAAGCUGCAAGCUGCGCAAAAUAGAAAAGUGGACGCUGCGCAUGUAUUCAAUACAUCGUCAUCACUGCAAAAAUAGUUUCUUCAAAAUAAGCUGCAACCAUGGCGGAUAAGGCUGCAGCACCCAAGGCCAAGAAGGUUGCGCCCCCAAAGGUCUCCGCGGGGCCCAAGAAGCUUCGUGUUCGAAAGCCCAAGCCUGAGCCUAAGGACAAGACGAAAAAUGUGAUGCGAGAGGUCAAGAUCCGCAAACUGUGCCUGAAUAUCUGCGUCGGUGAGAGCGGUGAUAGGCUGACUCGUGCCGCAAAGGUGUUGGAACAGUUGACUGGACAGCAGCCUGUUUUUUCAAAGGCAAGAUACACCGUGAGGUCGUUCGGCAUUAGACGUAAUGAAAAGAUCGCCGUUCACUGCACAGUGCGUGGUGCCAAGGCAGAGGAAAUCCUCGAGCGUGGUCUCAAGGUCCGUGAAUACGAGUUGCGCAGGGACAACUUCUCCCGCACCGGAAACUUUGGUUUCGGCAUUCAGGAGCACAUUGACUUGGGUAUCAAGUACGACCCCAGCAUAGGAAUCUAUGGUCUAGAUUUCUACGUAGUUCUUGGACGCCCAGGCUUCAAUGUUGCUUACCGUCGCCGCAAGCGUGGACAGGUUGGAUUCCAACACAGAUUGACCAAGGAAGAUGCUAUGAAGUGGUUCCAACAAAAGUAUGAUGGUAUCAUCCUUCCUGGAAAGGGCAAGGGCAAAUAAAUUUCCACACACAUCUGUCUUUAAGUUCUACAAUAAAAAAUUUAAAAUCAA